AUGGAUGGUGUAAAGUUUAUUCCCUUCCCGAAACCGAAAACGCAGCUUGAAAAAUGUCAACGUUGGGUCAGGCUGUGCGGAAGGAAACACUUCACUGUUGAGAGCAUUCGGAAAGAGACCUAUAUUUGCUCAAAGCACUUCGUCGGAGGAAAUGGGCCUUCGGAUUCACAUCCAGACCCGCUACCAGCAGUAAGUACAGAAUUUGAGAGAAAUUUGCUGUCGGCAAAGAAAAAACGAAAACCACCAACCUCAAGACCGUCACCUAAGAAGCGCCCUAGAAAGUGUUUGAUUAAUGACGAGGACGAAUCUCAAGACAGCGCUGAUUCAUGCAUUGAAUCAUUCAUUUUAGAGACCGUUUCAAAUGAGCAUGAUUAUACCUGCUUAACUUCCAGUAGCACUAGUGUUGAACAUGGACAUGAAAUAUUUGAAUCUACAAGUUAUGUUCAGGCACCUGAGGUUGAGGAGAUUUGGUUUGAUGCAGCCAGUGAAGUUCCAUGUCUAGCAGGGGAAGAAGAAGUUACCACCACAACUUCUACUGACGCUCUUGUUCAGACAACAUGUGUUUCAAUGUCGGAUGUUGGAACCCAGACAUGUGUGCAUUUCCAACAUAUUCACAAAUAUGCUGACGAGGAAUUGAUGGACAGAAACCAAAUGAGUAGAAAGUUGUUUCUGUCAUCAGUACUGCAGGAUAGCAACAGCUGCAAAUUUUACACAGGCUUAAAUCUGUCCAUCUUCCUGUUCUUAUUUCAAUGGAUUAGACCAAAAGCAGAAAAGCUGAACUACUGGAGGGGACAGGAUACAACAGAUUUCAAAGGAAAACCAAGUUUACCAUCCUCUCAGAGAGUAACCUGGUCUAAUUAUAAACACCACAAUACCCUGAAGGCACUUAUCUCCAUUUCUCCCACAGGAUCAUUUACUUUCAUUUCUAAACUUUUCACUGGUAGUAUUUCAGACCGACGUAUUGUUGAGGAAAGUGGUUAUCUUGAAUAUUUAGAACAUGGAGAUGAUAUUAUGGCUGACCGUGGAUUUUUAAUACGAGAUCUCUUAGCCAGAAGAUCAUGUACUCUGAAUAUACCGCCUUACUCUAUGGGUAGACAGUUGAGCAGUAGAGCAGUGACAAAGACAAGACGGAUUGCAAGUGCCCGGAUUCAUGUGGAGCGUGCCAUUGGAAGGUUAAAAACAUUUAAAAUUUUACAAAGAACUAUGCCUUUAAGACUACAUCCUUUAUUUGAUCAAGUUUUGGGUGUUUGUGCCUGUAUUUGCAAUUUAGAUUCAAAGUUAGUCAAAUGA